GUUUUUGCCCUACACAACUCUCUACCCUGUACUCUCUACUUCACAGGGCCUGUAUUCAAAUCAAGAUACAUGUGUUCCUGGCCCCUCGCUCAGGAAAUCUCCUUUGGAUACCGAAUUCAGCAUGUUUGAAGUUCCACAAGCAAAAAGGGUCAAGAGAGAAGACCUCUUUCGACAAGAUGAUGAUAAUCCAGAGAGUUCUAGACCUUCAUCGAGGUCGACGUCCCCCGAAGAGACGCAGGAAGUAGGGAGGAGAGAUGAGGAGGUGAUCAGGCCCGAUUAUGGGUUCGAAUAUGAUUUCAUCACACCAAAGUCUGUUGAGAGGGAGGAGAAAGUACUAGAUCAAGGUCAAACCUUGGAUCAAGUCGAACACGACGAUGACGACCACCACGCCAAAGGAGAAGAGGAAGAACCGAUAGAAUAUCAAUUCCGUCUCUUCACCACCACUUCUUCUUUUUCUGCGACUACAAAUACGAAUACAAAUACAAAACAGCCCUUGACGACGCAACGAGCUUUACAACAACGGCGACCCAAAUCGACGGUACGUCUAAGUGUCACCCCUCCACCCGAGGAUUUUAUAGAAUCGACCUUGUCGCUUGAGAAUGCAGGUUUCGUCCGUCCCAAUCGUCCCGACGGGUACUACUUUACAUCUUCCAGACCAACCGCUACGAUCGAAACGUCGAGGUCGCAAUACUCUCAAACGGCUCUUUCGGACUCGGACGUUCUCGCUCGGGCCGGAUCCACGAAAUGGCCUGGCACGACUCUCCCGUGGAGAUGUGUCCACGUAACUUUGGUGGCCAGUUCAGAUCCGAAGAAGAAGAAGGAGAAAUCUCUCCAAAUUUCUCAUGAUCCGAAUGGACCAUCUUCCGCCGCAGUGACUAUAACCGAUCGACGAUCAAGGCUGCCACGACCCAGACCGUCCAAGAAAAGACGGAUCCUAAACCGUCGUCGUCUGGCCCUCCGUGCCGAAUUGGCUUUACAGUCUCAAAAGACCGAAGAAUUGGAACGUCAAAAACGUACUCUCAGGAAUCGAGAGAAAAAAGUCAAGCGGAAGGAGAGGGAAAAGUUGAAGAAGCAGCAACAGCAACAACAGCAGCAGCAGCAGCAGGAGCCGUCCCAAGGUUCCGAAGAAAAAGGAGAUUGAGAAAGUUAGACCGUCAAUCAACACCAUCGAAAUACGGCCGCAAUGCCCCAGCAGUAGUAGAAACCUCAAUCCUCGCCGAAAUAGAUCACCAAGAAUAAUGGGGAUGGAUGUAAUUACCUCAAAAUCAUCGUCGUCACCACCGCCACCACCACCACAACAACACCAAAACGAGAUCCAAACCGACCACGCCUACGGCUCCUCUUAGUGACGAUGAAAAUCACACCGAUCAGAUACGAACUGACAGCGUCUAUAUUGGUCGCACAAGUACAUCAUAUAUUAGUACAUCGGUAGCUAAGGACGACAUGUAGAAAGCAAAUCAAUCCACUACUUGAC